UAUCGAGAUGGCGCUGAUGUUUACAAAUUUUAAGUUAAUGGCGAUAGUCAAUGAUGGUAUCAUAUAUUUCAUGACAUACGUAACAUAAGUAAUCAAAGCGUGGAACUGUGGUGUGUAGUGACACUUGUUAUGUGCACGUGAAUAUUUUGCAGCAAAUAUAAUUGUUGUUUAUCGCAUCUUUGAAAUUUGAAAGAAUUAUAAGAAAUGGUAAAUGUUCUGAAAGGAAUUCUUGUAGAAUGUGAUGCGGCUAUGAAACAAUUCCUUCUACAUUUAGAUGAAACACUUGCUUUGGGAAGAAAGUUUAUAAUUCAAGAUCUGGAUGAAAGGCAUUUAUUUAUAUCCAUUGAUAUUUUAGAAACAUUACAAGCAAAAGUGGAUGAUCUUAUGGAUCAAAUAUCAUUUCCAUUAGCUGAAAAAGGAAUAUAA